UACAAUUUCAAACAGUAAGCUGUGUAAAAUAAUUUGUUAUAAAAAAUGAUACAUAGUCUUUUUAUUAUCAACUCCUCAGGAGAUGUAUUCAUGGAAAAACAUUGGAAAAGUGCAGUUGCACGAUCACUCUGUGACUAUUUUUUUGAUCAACAAAGAAGAGUUUUAUCUCCUGAAGAUACACCGCCUGUAAUAGCUACACCACAUCAUUAUCUUAUUAGCAUAUAUCGUUGUAAUAUGUUUUUUGUUGCAGUGUGCAUGACAGAAGUACCACCAUUAUUUGUGAUAGAAUUUUUGCAUAGGGUUGUGGAUACUUUUGAAGAUUACUUUAGUGAAUGUACAGAAACCAUCAUAAAAGAAAAUUAUGUGGUUGUAUAUGAAUUAUUGGAUGAAAUGUUGGAUAAUGGUUUUCCAUUAGCUACAGAAUCUAAUAUUUUAAAGGAACUUAUUAAACCACCAAAUAUUUUAAGAACUAUUGCAAAUACUGUUACAGGAAAAUCUAAUGUAAGUGCAACAUUACCAAGUGGACAAUUAUCUAAUGUUCCUUGGAGACGUACUGGUGUUAAAUAUACAAAUAAUGAAGCAUACUUUGAUGUUGUGGAGGAAGUGGAUGCUAUUAUUGAUAAAACUGGAGCAACCAUAUUUGCAGAAAUUCAAGGCUAUAUUGAUUGCUGUAUAAAGUUAAGUGGUAUGCCAGAUUUGACACUUUCUUUCAUGAAUCCCAGAUUAUUUGAUGAUGUCAGCUUUCACCCUUGUGUUAGGUUUAUAAGAUGGGAGUCAGAACGAAUACUCUCUUUUAUUCCACCAGAUGGUAAUUUUCGUCUUCUUUCUUAUCACAUAGGAUCACAAAGUAUUGUAGCUAUUCCAAUAUAUGUAAGACACAAUAUCAGUCUUAAAGAACCAGGAGGUGGCAGAUUAGACAUAACUGUGGGACCAAAACAGACUAUUGGUAGAACUGUAGAAAAUGUCACAUUAGAAAUUCCUAUGCCGAAAAUAGUAUUAAAUUGUACACUAAAUCCAAAUCAAGGAAAAUAUUCAUUUGAUCCUGUUAGCAAGAUACUAUUAUGGGAUAUUGGAAGGAUAGACGUUUCUAAAUUACCAAACCUGAAAGGAUCGAUUACUAUUCAAAAUUCUGCUGGUGUAAUGGAGUCUAAUCCUGCAAUUAAUGUAUGCAUAAACUCUAUAUGUAUGCAUAUACUCUGUCCAAUAAGUUUCACGGCAAACUCGUUUAUAAAAUAUGGUAAAACGUAA